AUGAGUCCAGAGCAAAUGAAAGCUAUUGCGUUGGAAACAAUUGAGCAGCGAUUUCCUGCUGAGGAAUGGAUACAUAUAUACACGGAUGGUUCUCUGACCGUUAGGGACCAGGGGGCUGGAGUUGGAAUUUUUAGCAAGCUUUUCAGUUUCUACUUACCCGUAGGGGCUUACUCCACGCAUUUUGAUGGAGAACUGAAAGCCAUCCAGGUGGCACUUCAAAAACUAUCAUUGAUACAGAACUCUUUCAAGAAAGCAGUUAUCCUUUCAUAUUCAACUUCAGCAAUGCAGGCCAUCUCUUUUUAUCAAGAGUGUAAGAACAUAUUAGUCAAGCUGUGCCAGGAAAUCAUGAAAGAACUUUCCCACAAGAUAUCUUUUAAAUGGGUACCCUCACACUGCGGUAUUUAUGGAAAUGAGAUGGUAGAUAUGCUUGCCAAAAGAGGAGCUGCGGUUCUCCAAAACCCCAAAACUAAAGGAAACCUCCAUUGCAUUAAACUGCUGACAUCACUCAUAUAUCAAAAGACACUUAGAAAUUUUGCCACUCGGGUUUGCGAUGGCAAGCCUUGGAGUGCUCUUUUAACAAACUCAGCUUUUAUUCCUGACCACCAGCGAUCAGUUGCGGUUGCAGCUUUUAGACUAUUAACGGGGCAUGACUGUCUACAGAAUCAUUUAUUUCGCAUUGGACUAGCUGAUUCACCUUUGUGUGUUAUAUGUGAUAGUGGACGGCCAAUGACGGCAGAACAUUUGGACGAGUGUAAAGUACUGACAGAUUUUGUAUACUUCAACGCUAUUGGCAAGCAAGAAGUUUAA